GAUUUGACCGAGCUUGAAUUCAUCAUAGCACUUGGCAUCUGCUGUGUCACUUCCUAUCAGAGAGAAGAGACAACUGAGACACAUUAGCAAUCAUGUCUUAUGCUGGCUACGGACAACAGCCUCCACCGGAUCAGCAGUUCUUAUGGAGUGUAUUUCAAAAGGUUGAUAAAGAUAAAAGUGGUAGCAUUUCAUCUGAUGAGUUACAGCAAGCAUUGAGCAAUGGUACAUGGACACCAUUCAAUCCAGAAACUGUUAGACUGAUGAUCGGGAUGUUUGACAGAGAUCAUAAUGGGACCAUUAACUUCCAAGAGUUUGGUGCACUGUGGAAAUACAUCCAAGACUGGCAAACAACUUUCAGAAGUUACGACAAAGACAAUUCCGGUUCCAUCGAUCAAACUGAAUUAAAGACUGCUCUCACCAGUUUCGGUUACCGAUUGUCUGACCGGUUUUAUGGCUUGCUGGUGAGGAAGUUUGAUAGGACUGGGACAAACACUGUGGCCUUUGAUGACUUUAUUCAAUGCUGUGUGGUAAUACAAACAUUGACUAACUCCUUCCAAGCAUAUGACCACAACAGGAACGGUUGGAUAAGAAUAUCAUACGAAGAGUUUUUGCGUCUUGUAUUCAGUUUGAAGGCUUAGAUUAUGACACAAAAAAUAACUUGGAUUUUUUUUCUUUCCCACUCUUGCGUGUCUCCUUAGUUAUUAUUGUACUAGUCAAUAAAAUUGUUUUAAAUGCUUUUUGUUAUCUUUUGCCUUUCCUCACUAAAAA